UGUGUGUAUACCCACGUUCCUCUCUCUCCCCCAGGAAGUAUCCGAGUGGCUGGAUGAAGCAGGGGAAGCUGGGGUGGUGUACUUCAGCCUGGGGCUGUUCCAGCAGACCACCAGGAUGCCCCAAAAGUACAAGGAUACCCUCAUGGAAGGAUUUGCCCUCCUGCCCCACCGGGUAGUCAUUAAGUUCAGUGGGAGGGACCUGAAUUUACCUCCCAACGUGAGGGCUUACCCCUGGCUACCUCAGCAAGACAUCCUGGGACACAAGGCAACAAAAGUGUUCAUCACCCAUUGUGGGAAGCAAAGUGCUGCUGAGUCAGUUUAUCAUGGGGUGCCCAUGCUGGGGCUCCCCAUUACCUUCGACCAGCCCAGGACCUGUGCCCGAGUAGCUAGGAGAGGGGAGGGCAUCGUGCUGCAGUGGGAGACUCUCACACCUCAGGCCAUUGCUGAUGCUGUACACACUCUCGUGCAUGAUGCAAGGUACAAGGAGCGUAUAGCAGGUGUGUCGAGGCGACUGAAGGCGCAGAAGGAGACAGGCCUGGAGAAGGCUGUAUGGUGGAUCGAGUAUGUCAUACAACAUGGCGACGACUUCCUCAGGUUCUCUGGUGCAGACCUGAGUAUGACACAGUACUUGCUGCUGGAUGUGAUGGCUAUCAUAGCUGGUGUGGCUCUCGCUAUCUCUUCUAUCCUCUUCCUCUUGGCCAGAUCCAUUUACAAGAAAUUUUGGCCCUCAAGCACCAUAAAGAUGAAGGUGCAGUGAGCAUGGCGGUGUGUCGGUUGACUUCAACACUUUUUAUCAUUUUCACCAGAAAGAGCUAAACCUACAGGAGUUGUACAGUACUUUGGGAAUGGGGGAUGAUCACAUGUGAUCCCAGAAAAAGAAGGGGUAAUUCCAGGUACCCCUAUUGAAGAUUCACCACUAUUAUAUACAACCUUGUCUGAAGUGGGGCUAAUCUGGACAGUCUUAGAUUCCAGCAUUAAUUUACCCUUACUGAUCAUGUAAAAAUUUAUUUCAGUCGCUCACGCUAGUCAAAGUCAGAGUUUAUUUUCACAUGAUACAAUGUUUAUACAGAAACAGGUGACAUUUGAUUGUAUGCAAAAAGCCUAUGAUUAUGCAGAGCAGUUUGGGCAAACUUAAGCCUAAUGUUCACACAGAUUAUCAUAUUCUUCAGAAAGCUCCUUUGGGAAUGGGAGGCAAUGAUGUUUGAUCCAAGGAAUAGGAAGGUGGCUCCAAUUCUCUGGAUCAAAAGCUCUUUGCCAGCAUCAAGGCACCAGACCCCCUGAAAGCUCCUUCACCAAACAUCAUAUUCAGCUGUGACAAAUAUAAUAGUCACAAAUACUGUAGCAUCAAUUUUUUUUUUUUUACUAAUACCAUUGUAAGACAGUGAGUUAUAUUACUAUUGGGGAAAUGUUCUAGCAUAAAUAUCUUUAAGGAUCCAGGUGACACAAGAGCAAAGUGUAAACCAUUGUACGAUUUAAGUGUGUAUGUGUGUGGGAAAUUAUUUGUGUAUGUUUGGGUUACUCAGAGGUGGUACUAAGGAGGGUCUUUGAGGGGUUUUAGCCCCAAAACUCCAUCAAGCCCCCUUUAAUAAGAGAAUAACGCUGCUUCAAAGCAAGUCUCCUAGCCCUUCCUUCCAUCCAGACAGCCACCUCUAAGCUCCCAGCAUAGUAAUAAUAGUGGUGCCCACUGGGGUUAUUGUUUUAAUUUACAUUAGUGUGGGGUUAUUUAGUUCUCAUAUUUAAGUGUUGUGGUUUUAUUUUUAUAAGGGUGGGGAUGUUACAGUCAGAGGGUCAUCUGAACUGUAAUGUCAGCAGCACUUCUGGCAAGACAACCAUUGAAUGAAUGACAGUGAGUGUGGUUUCUUCUUUGGGUCACCCUGCCUUGGUGAGAGAUGACCAUUGAGGUAAAAAUAUAAUGUAGGUGUUUGUGACUUUGUAUUGUACAAGAAAAAAAGUUUGUGAUUUUUAUUUUAUUAAGGUAAAUUCUGUUUAAUUGUCAAUGAUAAAAAAAACACACAGGAUAACACUAUAUGUUGAAUGAACUCUUAUGAUAUUGAAAUUCCUGGAAGAGGGUAAAAUGCUGUACAUAGUAAUUAUGACUUAACAUUAUUAUUAUUAUAAUCAAAAAAGAAGCGCUAAGCCACAAGGGCUAUACAGCUAUGACUUAACAAAAGCCAGGUAUGGAUCUGUAAUAUGUAUAAUACUGGUGUUACCAAGCUACAGUAACUGUUAGUUUUUUUUUUUUUGUAGCAAUCUUUGUGUAUAGCAAAUUUAAUAUUACAGUAGGCCUCUUAUAGGACUAUUUUAUAUAGUUCAGUUUUUUGUUGUAGAAAUCUUUGCAUAUAGCAAAUUCAAUAUAACAGUAGACCUCUUAUAGGUCUAUUCUAUAAAAUGCAAUUUUUUUUUUUUAGAAAUCUUUGCAUAUAAAAAAUUCAGUAUUACAGUAGGCUUCUUAAAAGCCUAUUUUUAUAUAGCAUAAUUUUUUUCCAAAUAAAAUGAAAAAAAUACAUAAAAAAUUAAAUAUCACAUACAGUGAAGGUCUUACCACAUGUUCCUCAAUUUUGAUGCAAUCUUCCAGUCACAGUUACAAGCAAAACUUAUACUAUAUAAAGAAGCUUUGUAAGAGAUCUUACUGUAUUCAAAAACACAAACUAUAUACAUAUACGGUACGAAAGUCUAAACACCACAGGAAUAAUAUACAGUGGACCCCCGGUUAACGAUAUUUUUUCACUCCAGAAGUAUGUUCAGGUGCCAGUACUGACCGAAUUUGUUCCCAUAAGGAAUAUUGUGAAGUAGAUUAGUCCAUUUCAGACCCCCAAACAUACACGUACAAGCGCACUUAAAUAAAUACACUUACAUAAUUGGUCGUAUUCGGAGGUAAUCGUUAUGCGGGGGUCCACUGUAUAGAUUUGGCGAGGGGGAUAAAACAUUUAUAAAUCAUUGUUAAUAUUACAGUAUUAUCAUGGGGAAGUGCUAAACCUAUUGGGGUUGUACGGCACCUUGGAAAUGGGAAGCGAUUGCACUGAUCCCCCC